CCAAGACUUUACAAAACUGCAGCAACAAUUGUCAAAAAAGUAGCUGAAGACGGAGCAAGUCUUAAACAAUUAAUAUACGAAAAAAAUCAUCCGAAUUUAAAAGAAUGCAUAAAGUAUCUUCAACUUUGAUGUGAUAAAACUGAAGAAUAAAUAUUAUUGGAUAAUUUGAUGGUUUUAAUCAAACAAAAUAGUCGUAUUCAUUCGAGAAACAGAACAAGAGUCAACAGAUUAAUAUCAUAUGUUAUUCCUCGUCAAAAUAUAAAACAAAUAAACAUUCAUCAAAAGCUUAAUAAUAAUAAUAUCAUAAUGAGUCAAGUUAAAGUUCUUGAACGAAAGCCUCGUUAUGUACGUAUCAACACUUUAAUAAAAAAACUUGAUGAAGCUAUUGAAGAUUUCCAAGAUGAGGGGUACAUAUUUAUACCACGUAGCUGUACUUAUCAUGAAUAUCUUGAUGUUUUAUCGACACUUGAUGGAUGGAAAUUUACUCAAGAUUAUCAUAUUCCAGAGUUACUUGUAUUUGCAUCUGGUACAACAUUUUAUGAUCAUCUUGGAUACAAAAAUGGAGCUAUUAUUUUACAAGAUAAGGCAAGUUGUCUACCAGCAUAUUUGCUUAAUCCUGAAUCAGGCUCAAAUGUUUUGGAUAUGUGUGCAGCACCUGGAAUGAAAACUACUCAUUUAGCUGCUAUUAUUGAUAACAAGGGAAAAGUAUUUUCUGUUGAACGAUGUCAACGACGUUAUGAGAUUUUGUGUAAUCAAGUAUCAACAACUCAUGCAAAUUGUGUUGAAACAAUGAAUGUUGAUGCAAUGACUUUAAAUGAAAAUAAAUGUCCAGAUGUUGAAUAUAUUUUGGUUGAUCCCAGUUGUUCUGGAUCAGGAAUGCAAAGAUUUACUUUUGAAGGUGAACAAUCAAAGUGUGCACCUGGAAGAUUAAGAAGUCUUCAAUCAUUUCAAGUACAUCUUUUACGUCAUGCACUUACAAAAUUUUCAAAAGUUAAAAGAGUUGUUUAUAGUACUUGUUCAAUUUAUCCAGAAGAAAAUGAAAUGGUUGUUGAUGAAGUAUUAACAAAUGUUGGUGAUGCUUAUAAGCUUGUUCCUGUUAUGACAUUAUUAAAUGAUGGCUGGAUUAAUUUAAGUUCAAAUGAAUUUAAAUGCAAGGACAAUUGUUUGUAUGCUAAACCUGAAGUUGAUUAUUGUAAUGGAUUUUUUGUCGCUGUUUUUGAACGUAAUUUUGAUGUACCAUUGCCAGAAGGUAGAAAUAAAAACAAGGGUUUGAAAAGAAAUGCUCAAGAUGAUUGUGACGAGGUUGACAUCAAAGAAGAACAAAGUAAUGAUGUACAAAUUGAUGAUAAUGGUAAAAAUUUAACUGUCAAAGUUGAAGAAUCAGAUGAACCAGUUAAAAAAAAGCGUAAAAAAAAUAAAAACAAAUGUAAUGAAGUGAUAACUCAAGAAGUUGCUGAUGAAAAACUCAAGGAAGAAGACAACGCUGAUGUUACAUCAAAGAAAAAAAUUAAAAAAGAAAAAAAAAUUGAUAAAUCUUCUGGUGAUAAUGUUGAUGAACAGGAAAUUGAUAUUAACAGUAACGAAAUGGAUAUUGUAUCUAAGAAAAAACAUAAGAAAAAAAAGAAAGAUAAAAUUAAUGAAGAAGAAUUAAUUAUCAAUAAUGAGAAUGAAAUAAUUUCAAUGGAAAUUGAAGAAUCAAAUGUUUCUUCAAAGAAAAAAAAGCAUAAAAAAAAUAAAAAAGAUUCUAAUGAAGGAACAAUUAUUGAAGAAGGUGUUGAUGAAGAUUCUACAUCGAAGAAAAAACAUAAGAAAAAAAAGAAAGCUAAAUCUGAUAUUGAAUAA